UUGUGAUGUUACGGGGUGACAGGAUGGAGGCGACAAACUUGGCCCUGUCGCCAAGAGAGUCACUCAAAUCCCGAUCGGAACACAAGGCCUUGGAAAUGAGCAGCAAACCAAACCAAGUCGGAACAGUGCUGCUAUACGGCGUGCCAAUAGUUUCACUAGUCAUCGAAGGCACGGAGCGGUUGUGCCUCGCUCAGAUCUCCAACACGCUCCUCAAACAGUUCUCCUACAACGAGAUCCAUAACCGUCGAGUGGCGCUGGGCAUCACUUGUGUCCAGUGUACGCCGGUACAGCUUGAGAUAUUGAGGCGAGCUGGUGCGAUGCCUGUGUCUUCGAGGCGAUGUGGCAUGAUAACCCGUCGGGAGGCUGAGCGGCUCUGCAAGUCGUUUUUGGGCGACAAUGCUCCACCGCGGUUACCCGACGAUUUUGCGUUCGCUGUCCAUCAUGAGUGCGCUUGGGGCUGUAGAGGUGCUUUUUUACCAGCCAGGUAUAACUCGUCAAGAGCGAAAUGCAUAAAAUGCGCAUACUGUGGUCUUUUUUUCUCCCCAAACAAAUUCAUCUUCCACUCCCACCGAGUGGGCCCUGGUGACAAGUACGUGCAACCUGAUGCAGCUAACUUCAACUCUUGGAGAAGACAUAUGAAGCUGAGUGGUAGUCCACCAGUGGAAGUGGUCCACGCGUGGGAAGAUGUUAAGGCUAUGUUUAAUGGUGGGACUAGGAAGAGAAUGCUGUCUGCUGCUAGAAGGGUACCUAUUCGCAGGCCGGAAGUGGACCCAGAGGCCAAACGCACCGCAGCCAGUCCUCCCAGCGCGCACACUCCUGUUCCAAGGCUGGCUGAUUACGUGUGGGGAGCGAGGCUGCCGUUGCCGUAUGCGAUACCUUGGCUCAAACCCACUUUAUGGUCUCCUGGUGCUCUCACAGCGCUUAGUGGAGUCAGUGCAAUAGAAGAACCCCGAGCGUUCCGGCCAGUGCGUUCACAUCGACUGGAGUCGCCACAGUUGUCACCUGUAGUUUCGCCACAACGGUCACCAAAUAGGUCACCAACAACAUCACCAAGACAAACCCGGUCGCCGCUCCGUUCACCCCUUCAGUCACCAAUCCGGUCUUCAGUGCCCUCAUCACCCGCCCGGUCGUCAAAGAGCGACCGCGACAGUGAUGAGAGCGUUGACAUCGAGACCACUGAAGAAGACCAGGCCAAAGAUGUGAGAUGUUCCUGGCCUUGUCGCUCUGCACCUACCCCUCGUCCAGAUGAUUGUUGGAGCGGACUCGUCCCGAAAAUCGAGAGGGAAGAAGAUCGGGAACCCUGGCGCCUGCCCGACCUUCGCCCGCCGUUGCACUACAUGCAUGAUCGCGAACGAGACAGUUGCGCUGCCUGUGUUGCACCUUUGCCACUACUACCGCCACCUGCACCAGCGCCGCAUUAACUUUUAGGGGCACACCAGCUAAAAAACGCAAGAAGCAAUCGAUAGAUGGCGCUGUAACCAUGGGCAUGUUUGACAAAGAUUUAACACUGACAUUUCAUAAUGUUGCCCGCUUCGAAAACCAAAUUACUUAAAAUUAAUAAUAAUACCUAGUGAAAUUUAAUAUCGUUACGUUACAAACUAGUCAUAAUAUCAUAAAGUCAUGUAGAAUAUUAAAUGU